CUAUUGGAUAAAAAGUAAUAAUAGCUACAUAGUAAACAUUAGAAAGGACACAAGGAAAAGCUCCGCGUGUCUAAGCGUCCAUUGAUAAAUAGUGACUACUUAUCAUUCGUCGUCAAGACGUCUUGUAAUUGACCUUCGUAACUCAGUAUAAAGUUGCCUACAAAUUAUAGGGAGGCAUCAUUCAAGUACUAGUUGCUUAUUGAAAACUAUCACAAUGUUCAAAUUGUUCUUCUUUGCUUGCUUCUUGGCCUUCGCCGCCGCCAAGCCCGCUGUCUUCCCCGUUGCAUACACAGCACCAUUGGCAGCGUACACUGCUCCCGUAGCAGCAGCAUACACCGCUCCCGUAGCAGCAGCAUACACGGCACCCGUAGCGUACUCUGCGUACACCGCGCCCGUCGCCGCUUACUCUGCCUACACCUACGCCUCUCCUUACUCUGCAUACUACUUCCGCUGAUUUAUAUACCUCAACGUUGUACCUAUGCCUGUGAUAGAUAAAUAGUCUUCUUCGAAUAAAUUAUGUGAAGCAUAUUA